AUGGAGCGUUGCAAGCAGCACCUCGUCGCCAAGAACGCGGCGUUCCUGAUUGAGCGCAUUCAGGUGUUCAACGAGAGCAGCGCCACGGUCGAGCUCGCCGCCGUUCGGCUGAACUGCGAGCCGGCCCGCAUUGCCAAGUCGCUGUCGUUUUCGCAGAGGAAAGCCAUCUGCAAGGCAGAAGCGAAGGCGCACGAGAAGGCGAAGAUGAAACUGAGUAAGCAGAAGCAGCAGCAGGACGGCAGCGGUGCGGGGGGGAGCGAAAGCGUGGGCACGUUGCCUGCCGACUUGCCCACCACCGCCCCUGGCGACGCCAACGUCAUCGUGAUUGUGGCGGCGGGUGAUGCAAAGGUGAGCGCGAAGAAGUACAAGGAGAAGUUUGCGUGUCAGCCUAAGAUGCUGAAGCGCGAGGAGGUGGAACCGUACACGGGCUUCCCGCCCGGGGCAGUGUGCCCCUUCGGCCUCCACGACGGCGUCAAGGUGUACCUGGACGUCUCUCUAAGGCGUUUCUCAUACGUAUACCCGGCAGCGGGGACAGCUAACACCAGCAUUAAGGUCACGCUCGACGAGCUCGAGCAGUACGCGUCGAACGCUAUUGAGUGGGCAGACCUCUGCGAGGGGUGGCAGCCGGAGGUAGGCGUCGCCGCUUCCAGGGCUGAGGACACCAGCGACGGCAGCGGCACCGCCCCUCACGAGGUCCAGAAUGACGGCAUUGCCGCCAAGAAGGCGCAGAACGAGGCGUCCAAGUUGGCGGAGGCGACGGCGUAA